CCACUGCCCCAGAACCACUCCCCUCCAGCCACUGCCCCACAACCACUACCCCUCAACCACUGCCUUACAACCACCCCUCAGCCACUGCCCCACAGCCACUGCCCAGCCCACUGCACCCAGAACCACUGCCCCAGAAACCUGCCCCCAGGAACCACUGCCCUCAGCCACUGCCCCCACACCACUGCCCCCAGCCACUACCCUCCCAGCCACUGCCCCUCAGCCACUGCCCCUUACAGCCACUGCCCACAGCCACUGCCCCUCAGCCACUGCCUCAGCCACCUGCCCCUCAAGCCACUGCCCACAACCACUGCCCUCAGCCACCACCCCUCAACCACUACCCCUCAACCACUGCCCCUCAGCACUACCCCCUCACCCCACUACCCCUCAGCCACUGCCCCUCCAACCACUGCCCUCAGCCACUACCACCACCCCUCAGCCACUACCCCAAACCACUGCCCCUCAACCCCUCAGCCACUACCCCUCAACCACUACCCCUCAACCACUACCCCAAGCCACUACCCCUCCUCCACUGCACCCCUCCAGCCACUACCCCAACACUUCCCUCAGCCCUGCUCCUCAGCCACUGCCCCUCAACCCUGCCCCUCAGCCACUACCCCCAGACCUGCCCCACUGCCCUCAGCCCUGCCCCAACCCCUACCCCUCAACCACUGCCCUCAGCCACUGCCCCACAGGCAACCUGCCCCUCAGCCACUGCCCCAAACCACUACCCCUCAGCCACUGCCCACAACCACUACCCCUCCAGCCACUACCCCUCAGCCACUACCCCUAUAGCCACUGCCCCUCAGCCACUGCCUUAUAACCACUGCCCUCAACCGCCACCCCAGGACCACACCCCCUCAGCCACUGCACCUCAGCCACUGCCCUCAGCCAUGCCCCUCAGCCACUGCCCCACAGCCACCUGCCCCACAGCCACUGCCCGUCAGCCACUGCCCGUCAGCCACUGCCUUACAACCCACUUCCCCCAACCACUGCACCUUACAACCACUACCCCUCAGCCACUACCCCAGAACCACUACCCCUCAACCACUGCCCCACAACCACUGCCUCAUAACCACUGCCUCAGCCACUACCCUCAGCCACUGCCCCACAACCACUGCCCCUCAACCACUGCCCCCAACCACUACCCCUCAGCCACUGCCUUACAGCCACUACCUUACAACCACUCCCCCUGGCCACUGCCCUCAACCACUGCCUCAACCACUCCCCCAGAACCACUGCCCCCCAGAACCACUACCCCUCAGCCACUGCCCACAGCCACUGCCCCUCAACCACUGCCCCCAGCCACUGCCCCUCAGCCACUGCCCCCUGCACUACCCCUCAGCCACUGCCUUGACCACUGCCUCAGCCACUGCCCUCAGCCACUGCCCCUCAGCCACUCCCACAGCCACUGCCCUCAGCCUGCCCCUAGCCACUGCCUUACAACCACUGCCCUCAACCACCUGCCCCAAACCUGCCCCAGAGCCACUGCCCUCAGCCACUGCCUUUAA